GAGAACUGAUCCCAGCCUCCCAUCAUCUGAUGCUCAUUCAUCCUCCUCCUCCAGCAAGACCUCAAUGAGACGCGGCGAUAACGGACAACCAUUGUUGUUUCAUCGCUCUCCUCCAUGAAUUCAUCUUCUGUUCACCUCUGGAUGCGUAAAUGGUGGUCUUUCUUCCACGGUUACUGCUACAUUUAGCCAUAUUGUUUCCGUUUCUGGAGCGCUGUUCUCGUGUUUGGAAUAAAAUAGCGCACAAACCGAAACUGAGGAAAUAAAGGUUGACAAUGAAGCAGCGUUACAUUUGAAUCUGAAGAUAUCGACGGAUAUCUACAAAAAGGAUUAUUACGGCAAUGGACUGGCUCUCAGUGCAUGUGCUUCUCUUCUGCCCGAGUCCACUGCCCCCUCACGCUGCUGUGCACCUCGCCCUGUCCUCUCAGCACAUCCGGAGGAAGGACUGCCCGUCCCUGUAGGAAUGCCGGUUCGGGCCUGGCACCUGCCUUUGCCCGCGGCUAAUCCCACACCUUUUGCCAUUACACCCCCCUCCAGCUCUCGCAGGCUGCUCCAUCAUGAACGAUGAGGUCAUCAGCACUAACGCACUGGCCUGGCUGGUCUGCUCGGGAGUGUCCAUCCUGGCCAACGCCUGGGGAAUCCUGAGCGUGAGCGCCAAGCAGAAGAAGUGGAAGCCUCUGGAAUUCCUCAUCUGCACCCUGGCUGGCACGCACAUCCUCAACAUGGGUAUCCCUAUCACCAUGUAUUGCGUCAUUCAGCUGCGACGACAGCACUCCAACUAUGAGUGGAACGAAGGACUCUGCAAGGUGUUUGUCUCCACCUUCUACACCCUUACCCUGGUCACCUGCUUCUCUGUCACCUCCCUGUCCUACCAUCGCAUGUGGAUGGUCCGCUGGCCUGUCAACUAUAGGUUAAGUAAUACCAAAAAGCAGGCUGUCCAUACAGUCAUGGGCAUCUGGAUGGUGUCGUUCAUUCUGUCCACCUUGCCCGCUGUGGGCUGGCAUGAUACCACAGAGCGCUUUUACACCCACGACAACUGUCGCUUCAUUGUGACCGAGAUCGGCUUGGGCUUCGGUGUCUGCUUCCUGCUGCUGAUCAGCGGGAGUGUGGUGAUGGGCGUCAUCUGUAUUGGAAUUGCCCUGUUCCAGACCUUUUCCAUCCAGAUGGGUCAAAACGUGGACAAGAACAAAUUUAACGUGCCCACCAUUGUAGUGGAGGAUGCCCAGGGCAAGCGGCGUUCAUCCAUCGACGGCUCUGAGCCCAUUAAGACAUCGCUGCAGAUCACCUAUCUGAUCAGUGGGAUAGUCUUCAUAUACGACUUUCUAACUGGAUUCCCCAUAUUGGUGGUGAGCUUUGCCAGCCUGAAAUUUGACCGCUCCUACAGCUGGAUGGUCCUGUGUGUCCUCUGGUGCUCCAUAGCACAAUCAAUACUGCUCCCCAUGUUCCUGUGGGCUUGUGACCGCUACAGAGCAGACGUCAAGAUGGUCUGGGAGAAAUGUGUGGCCAUCAUGUCCAAUGAUGAAGUGGACGAAGAAAACAGCCAGGAUGGAGGCAUUCAUCCGGACUUAAUAUUUGACAGACCGUUUGACUAUAGCUCUGCUGGUGAUAUCAUGACGGUAGACCGUAUUGCCAAGUACGAAUUCUCAACCUUAGAAAGGGGGGGCCCCCAGGGUUAUCCAUUGAGGGAGCUUCAGGAAGAUAAAAUGCACUAUUUGCAGGUGCCCCCUACAAGAAGAUACUCCCACGACGAAACCGACAUGUGGACCACCGGUCAGAUCCCGUCUUACCUGCAUCGCUGGGGCUCCACAGAGGACAUCAUUGGCAUCCCGCAAUACAGCUCGCCGCGCCACGAGAGACGUCGGAGCAGUCCGGGGUCCUACCACGAUGAGAGCCACCCACACCGCAAAAGGAGGCGAUCCGAGGACAUGCAUUCGCUCAAGCAGAUUCCACGAGUCGAGCGUUAUGAGGACGAUUUCAAGUGCUUUAGCCGCGAUGAAGUGAUUAACUUCAUUGACGAGACGCCACUGGCUAGUCCAAUGAGAAGCCCCCGGCGAGCCUCCGCGAUCUCUCUGGUUCCAGAGACCUUCGAGCAGCACGUUGUUUUGUUGCCGCAUUUCCCGCUCACGCACUUUGAGCGUGAGCCUCAAGCGUUGAGACGCUGCUCUGAGCACGGCAAAGGAGCCACACCAGGCGAGAUCCCUCAGGAUCUGCAGAGAAAGGUGAGGGAUGGUAGCGUUGGCGAAGGCUCGGGCAUCAAGGUAUGCCCUGAGCACAAGCAUGCAUCAGAGCUUGUUCCGUUGGGACCGGGUUCACGGACAGGGGAGCAGUCUUCUUCAAGUAUUAGGACAGGACAGGUAGAUACAUCUGCUUGGGUGGACCAGAAGCACCUGCCUAAAGGGGAAAGCAAAGGAAGCACAAAUAGUUUUAUAAGCUCACAAUCUGCAUCGUCAGGCUAUAUGACAUCCGUAGGAUCCACGAACUAAGCAACCGUUUUAUGAGUAUUUUCAGGUAGUCCCUGAUAUGCUUAUUAGUGUUAAAGCUUUGACUAAGUGGAAUGUUUUUGUUAACUAGGAACUGGGAUUUUUGAAGUGUGAUGGAUUCGAAAUGGCAUAAGGACAUAAUCGUUGCUUUUUUAUGUGUUGCUGAUACCAGGCUGGAUUUAUGGGGUCAGUGGGCCUCCAAGGCGAGGGAAGCUGAGCAGGAAAUAAGUGUCCUGAGCUCAACACUUAUGGUUCGAAAUGAGCAUUAGGCCUUCAGUUUCAGUGAGAAUUUAGUAUUCUGGUCAAAAUACUGCCUUUCUUGACUAAGGAAUUAGGGGCCGUUCCAUUACUUUGUGUAGAUCUACAGUACAUAUAAUAUAUAUAUAAUUAUUUUUAUUCUCCCCUAAAGUAGGGCUGGGAGUUCAAAAAUACUUUUAAAAUUUCCAACAUACUUUUAUGUUUAAAUAUGUCUUUGAUGCUUAAUAUUAGCCAAACAAAUUAUAUUUUUCCAUAUUUUUUGGCCAAAUUGCCCUUGUCUCAUAGCAUAGAGGAAGAGGUAGCAAUAUAGGGGGAUGGAGGGGAUUGAAAUUUGACAAAACAGCUUGUUUUGCAGAUUUAUCGGUUAUUUUAUUCCCUUCAUUUAAUAAAACCGCAAAGGUAAACUUGGUUGUGGAAAAGGUUAGCAGUAAGAUAGGAGUAAGUUAUAUAGCAUUUCUUUAUAACAUUUUAGCUCACAGAGCUUUAAACUCUUUAAAUGUGUUUUUGUUGUUUCUGGUGGUGUGGCAUGUUUUUAAUAUUUUUUUUAAGUAAACCGAAAAGAUAUUUUGUUAUAUCAUUUGAAUUCAUAUUUUUGAAGCACAAAGUUCUCUUUGUAGAUCCAGACAUGUUUGCCAAUAGGCUAAAAUGUUUCUUUUCACAGAUAUGUUUUAAAUGAGUUUGUGUUAAGUGCUUUGUGAUGAUUGAAAAUGUAUAUCUGAUGCAUUGUUAUUCUCAUGAUUACAGUCUUAUUUGUCUGGUAGCCCGUAACAAAGUAUAAUAUGAAAAGUGACACUAUUUAAAAACACCCAUAGCCUGCAGUUGACAUGCACUUUUUACAAAAUAAGUGACAUAAUCUUUUGUCAUGUGGAGAUUAGGACCUUUUGAAAGCUGGUGCAAUUUGAUUUGUUACAGUAGACAUAAACACUGAAUGGGAAUUGGAUAUUUGCUGUAUUAUUUUAUGUUGUAUGUGACCAGAUUUUCUACACGUUUCCCAAGACAUCAGCUUUUUAAAUGAUUUGUUCUUGUUCAUUUAUACAUGUAUAAAAAAAAAAAAAAAAAUA